UAUCGAGUACUUGCGUCUUGUGCCGAUUGUAAACAUGUCAGACGCGUCGGGCCCCACUUAUGCUAGCUUGACGCCCGCUAACCCGACCAUAAUCAACGGGUUGGCUGGCGUCGACUUGCAGACGGGUCAACAGCUCACCACUCACCAAGGCGUCAUGAACCACAGCGACCAAGCGGUGGUGAACUCGGUGAAUGUGGUGAACACCGUUGGGGUAGCAGGCACUGGCGCCGUUCAAACUGUGGCAUCACCAAUUAUGGCCACGGUUAUUCCUCCAAAUUCAGGGAGUCCGGCUCAGGCUAAUGGUAAUGCGACAGCGACUGCAGGAGAAUCUUCGGUUUCCUUAGAUAGAAACUCUCUCGUCGCGGUCUUAAACUUUUUGAAGAAAAAUCAGUUCAAGGCAACAGAGGAUUUGCUAAGGCAGGAAACCAAUUUUUAUGACACUGUAUCAGACAGUGAAGGAGGUAUUGGUGGUGAUUCAGAGGUCACAAGUGUCUUGUCUGCUUAUAAGAGUGAAGGAGACCCAGCUGAGUAUGAGGACGCCUACAAAAGUCUUCAGAACUUUAUUGAGAAGAGUCUGGAUGCAUACAAGCAUGAAGUGGCAUUGGUGCUCUUCCCAGUCUUCGUUCACAUGUACCUAGAAUUAGUGUACAAUGGUCAUGAGGAAGUUGCAAAAUCAUUCAUGGAGAAAUUUGGCAAUACUCAGGAAGAUUACUUUGAGGAAGAUAUGCAUAAACUCUCUCUUGUUACAUCGAGGGACCACAUGACAGGAUACCAAAUCAUGGAUAACUUUCGAUCAAACCAGUUAGGCAGAUACAGAGGCGAGAGAUUCCUUCUGAUUUCUAUACUACUCCAUGCUGCCCUUGGGGUUAAGAUGAUUUCUUCUAACUUCCAACUCUACCCUGUAAUUUCAUUCAGUAAACCUCCCGGCCAACCAGCAAACCAGUCGACCGUCUCCACCUGCGGCCGCCCUGCGCAGCAGACAACGGCAGCAACAGUCUCAUAUUCCAACAAUAUACAGUCUCACACUUCCUGUCACUUUUCUAAGCAGACAGUCUCUCCGAUGUAUUCUGAUUCCUCGGCCUAA